CACAGUUAUCAUUUUCCAUUGUCUCUCACUACUAUAUCCUCGGAGUAGUUAUGCUUGCACAUGGGUUGAUAAAAUCAGAUUGUAUGAACGCAGAAUUGACUGGCCAGUACUUAAUGUUAAUCUUAUGUGAAGGUGCCAUAUCGUCUCGGGUAAGGAACACAUUUUAAGCCUGCAUUCCGUUCAGUCUACUCUAAACGAAAGCAGCUAGUUGUUAAGAGCACAAGAGUUCACCCGAAGUUCACUUGGAAGGAGAGGCUUCCGGACAAUUCAGCAUGGCAUCCAAGAGCAUAGUGAGGCAUAAUAAAAUUACCAUUAUAACGAUUCUGAGUGCAGACCACAGGCUAAUUCUCAACAAAGUUCAUGAGAAGGACUUGAUAACUGAACGGGAGUACAACAAACUGAAAAGCAUCAACAGAGAAGAUGUAGAGGGGCAUGUGGUUGCUCUCGUGGAUAAGAUCGUGAAUAAAGGAGAUGACACAUGCCAAGCCUUCCUGAACAUCCUGCAAACUGAUGAGGACGUUAAAGCCACUUUCCCUGACCUGAGGAAGAUACAGUGGAACGACACUUUACCUCUACCCGUCCAGGCUUUUUCAGUUAAAGACAAUGAUGAUCUGUCACAAGAGAGCAAGAGGCGAAAGACGGAUGAGCUAUACCAGGUGAAAAGCCAGCCUACUGGCCUGUGUGUGAUCAUAAACAAUGAGACAUUCACUGAUAUGAAACUGAGAAGUGGAACCAACAAAGAUGCUGAAAGUUUGGCAGAGGUCUUCAGCUGGCUGGGGUUCAGAGUGCUGAUGUGUAAAGACCAAACUAGGGACCAGAUGGUUCAGGCACUCAGUUGCUUUGCUUCUCUCAGUGACUUCUCUCAGCUGCAGAAGUUACAUGUUAAGGAGUGGUCCAGCAGCGGAUUCACUGAUCUUCAGGGCGUUCCUGAACAUGGCGAUGCCUUCUUCUGCUGUAUCCUCAGUCAUGGACAGAAUGGUGUAGUCUUCGGGAUUGAUGGGGAACCCCUCCCCAUUAAACAAACAAUCAGAACCUUCAAGGCAACCCUCAUUGGCAAGCCCAAAGUGUUCCUGAUCCAGGCCUGCCAGGGGAAGCAGAAACAUCGUGGAGUUUUAUUAGAAGAUCUGCAGACUGAUGACUCUCAUUUUAUCCCAGAAGAAGCUGAUUUUCUUAUUGCCAUUGCCACUGUUGAAGACUAUGUAUCAUAUAGGCACACACUUAAUGGGAGCUGGUUCAUCCAGUCUGUGUGUCAGCAGCUCAGGGAGGGCUGUCCAAGGGGUGAUGACAUGACCACCAUUCUCCACCGCGUGAAUGAUGAAGUAAGCCAGAAAGAGGCAACCAGUCGGCCUGGUGAAGAAAAGCAGAUGCCUGAAGUAAGGUUCACCCUGAGGAAGAGGCUGGUGUUGUCACCACAUUGUAAUUGAAGCUCAGUCACCAAGAAUCAUGUAAAUACACCAUACUUCAUAUCUUAAUCAAGGAUGUAUAAUUAACUCAGGGGCAGCUGUAACCAGCAGAAUGCUGAUUGAAAAUUAUUAAUCAGUAAUCAAAAUAAUCAUUACUGCUCUACCCAGGGUUUUCAUAAAAUGUGUCUUUUCUCUUUUUUAUUUUUUUUAAAUCUUGUAUUUUUAAAUCAUCGCAUUGAGUCACUGUCAUUUAUAUUGUCACAGAUUUGUGUCUCAGAAAUAAAUCUUUUUAAUCA